AUGUACCGUGAUCGUGGUCUUACCCCUGGACUUGCAAUUAUGGCAUUCCUUAUUGCUUGUUGUGCUAUAUCGGGAAAUAUAAUGAACGCUUUUCUUGUGUAUAUUACAGCUAGAAAUAAAUCUCUUCGGGGCAGCACCAAUUAUUUAUUGGCCCAACAUUCACUCUGCGAAUUUUUCCACCAAACAGGGCAUUAUAUUUUCCUCUACACAAUUUUUUCUGGGAAAAAUUUUAUUUCCUAUGCAACAAGUACAGCAUUCCAAAUCCAGUCAAUUUUGGGUUACAAUUCUGCAGUUUUUACAAUGUUCGAAACAGCUACUGAUCGUUUAUUAUGUGUAUUAACUCCUACACUCUAUUCACAAAUUGUUGGGCCUGCUUAUUUAGGAACGUUCAGCAUUCUAUCCUUCAUUCCCGGAGUAGUUUUAGCUUUUUUAGUUUUGUCAUAUGCAAUAGAAAAUCCGGCAGAACCGGUAACUGGCCAACUUAGCGAUACUUGUACUCCCGUCCAAUUAAUUUAUAAUUACAAUUUGGUAAUGUGUGUUCUUUGUAUUAUUUCCUAUGUUAUUAUUGGGGCAAUUGUUGUGAAAAAAGGUAAAUAA